AUGAUUCUGUCAUCGUUGUCGUUAUCGUUUUCAUCAAUUUUAUUGUUAUCAUCAUCAACAACAGUACAAUUUCCGGAAAGGAGAAUAUUUUUAACUGUACUUCUAAUUUUACCAUCAUUAUGUUUGGGCACUGUUACCCAAUAUCCGCGUAUUCAAUUAAAUUCUAGUGCAGGUGCACAAUUACCAAAUAUUACUGGUCAUAAUUUAAGUACCGCUUCUAAAACAAUAAUCAAAAAUCGAAAUUCAAUCAUACGCCAAUAUCAUUGUCCAAGGAAUACAUUUCGAUGUGGUGAUGGUUCCUGUAUUCCUCAAGAUUGGAUCAAUGAUGGUGAAGUAGAUUGUGAUGAUUUAUCAGAUGAGAAGAAGAUCCAGUCAACUAGAUCCGAUCUAAUUCAACCAACUAUACUCAGUGAAACUACUGAACAUCGGACUACCAUCGAAGAAACUUUCGAUGAUCCAUUCGAUCAUGUUGUAACAUUUUCAUCCAUCGAUCAAUCACCUUUCUCGAUCUCACCAUUCGUACGACAUAAAGAAACAAAAAGUUUUUCUUCAUUAAAUCAUGGUUGCUCGAAUGCUAUACAAACACGCGUAAAUCAAUGCUCCACAGAUCUUACUGAUUGGGUCAAUAAUUUGGAUCAAAUUGAUUUAACAAAUUCAUCCAUGCUAAAUGAUGAAACAAGUCCUAUGUAA